AUGGAAGCGUCAACUUCAUCACUAGGCAGACUGCUGCUUCCGGGACAACCUGUCUUUGUCUCGUCCUCGUCCAAAGCGAAACUCGAGCUCGGCACAGGCACAUACGCCCGAGGAGACUAUAUCCUCUCCUCGCUUGUUGGGUACGAAACUCGCACGCCCUCCUCCUCCUCCUCUAACGCAUCUGCAUCUGCAUCUACACCAAUCAGUAAAUCCACACCAUCCGCUUCUAGAACCGAGAUCGUCUCGAUCAGCGGUGUAGAAAACCGCUUCGUCGUGCCGCGACCCGAUUCCACCGUCAUCGCCCGCGUCACGCGCGUCACCCCGCGCCAAGCCUACCUCUCCAUCCUCAUCGUCGACGGCCAACCGUGCGGCUCGUCCUCCUCCACAUCCUCCACCUUUGUCCAGUCCGGACUGGGCAACCACGCAGCCGGCGAGGGCGAAGGCGUCGAUUUCCAAGGCGUCGUUAGAUCCCAAGACGUACGCAGCACCGAAAAGGACAAGGUCAAGCUGGCCGACUGCUUCCGCCCCGGCGACAUUGUUCGCGCGACCGUGAUUAGCUUGGGCGACGCGCGCAGCUACUAUCUCUCUACUGCCGGCAACACUUUGGGCGUGAUAUAUGCCAUGAGCGCUACGUCGGCCAGCGCUACCACCGACGCCGAGGCGAACGAGACUGAGGCAGCCACAGCGACAGCGGUGACAAGCGUAGGCGGCGCAGGCUGGAAUAUCAGCGGCAACCCCAUGGUCCCCAUCAGCUGGAAUCAAAUGAUCGACCCCGUUACAGGAGUCGUCGAGAACAGAAAGUGCGCUAAACCAGACUCGCUCUAG